GUAAUAGAUAGAUUAUGCAAAGGGACUGUGUGUGAAUAUAUUAUAGAUAUGAAAGAUACGGAAAAGUCGUAAGAAUUAAUGAAGACGCAUCACAUAAUUUAUAAUAAGAUAUUAAUAUGUGCCCAGGAAUGCAUUAGUCGAUCGUCAAGCUAUUUUCACCACGGAAACAAUGUAGUGCUAAUUACUUCACGUGACGGUCCGACAAUUAGUACAAUAGGAAAUAGCCCAGGUCAGCGAUCUUCAACGUGGACGCCAGUUAGAGGUGUAAAAAUCAGUAUACCUGUCAGAGACGACCUGGAACGGUUGUAAAAGGACAGAGUUAUAUAUACACCGAGGACUAUACGAGGACAGACGACAGACAAUGAUAAGACGUGAGCAGACGACAUAUGAUAAAGAUUAAAAAGUGACAAGGAAAAGAAGUGAAAAUUUUAAUGGAGGGGCGUUGUGCUAUCUCGGAUCUAAGUGAUCCAAUCAGACCUCAAAAAGUGUCGGAGAUGUUCAACGAAUUGUACGACAACCAGUGGACGGAAGCCUUUGAAUGGCUGGUCUCUCAGGCCAAGACGGCAGACGAUCGGAGCGACCGAGUCGUCACAAAACAGCUGCUGGACAUUUUGAUGGAUUGUCACAAGUAUUGCAGUCGAGAAGCAGAAGCACAGAGGAAAAGCAUCAUGGCUGCCUUAACAUUCGACUCUGGAAAUCAGGUAGACCAAGCCACGAUGCUGGCACAAGACACAAGAAGAAAACUCAGUGAUUUUAUCAAAAGCGUGGCCCCAGAAUUAGUGUCAUUCCUAAAGCGUAAAUAUUCUUCAAAGGUGGUUAAUACGGCCUUCAGAAAUUACCAGGACCGAUGUCUCGAAUGUUGUUGGUAUGCUUGCAUCCAGACUCCUCCCCUCCAUCUUAGUACAGAUUUCACAUUGUUUGACGAUGAUUGUCACAGAGGGUAUCAGACUCCCGGAGAUUUGGUCGAUUAUGUCGUCUGGCCUGCAAUAUAUAUAGAACGUAACGGGGCUUUGUUGAGCAAAGCUGUCGUUGAAAGUUGCAAUGAAAAGAAAAGUGCUAAAGACGAAAAUGCAGUCACAGUAGAUAAAAUGUCGUUACCUAAGCAAGAGCUUAAUAAUAACACUUCUGCUGCUCCAUCUUUGUCAUCAGAGAAUGAUGUUGAAAGAAAACAUGUGGCUAGAAUUCAGAUUGGUUCCAACGGUUCCGGGACCGAACCCACAGUAACAAUAUCUAACAACGCUUCAAGCUCAAACUCAACAUACGGACGGCAAUUCAGUUUUACAGCAGAAGACUUGGAAAGUAAAAAGUCCGAGUUAAGAGAAACAAAGACUUUUGAAGCUAAACCUGAAAGCAGACAAGAAAAGAAAGAACUGGCAAACUUGCUUGAUAGAAGUCUAUCUAGCCAAGAACCGAUGUUACAAAGGACACCUUCUGCUGUCUUAGACGUUUCUGCCGAGGAACUAGAGGAUAGAAAAUCAACAUUGAAAGAAACCAAGACCCCGGAUACUAGGCAGCAACCAAAAGAAAUCGGCUCAUUCAACUUUGGUUAAUUAUGUUCUUUAGAUACUUUAUCUGUAGAGUGUUUAUGGUUCAAUAACAUCAUUGAUGUAAACUGCAUAUUGAACACAUACAUUAUUAUUAACGUGAUUGAACAUUGUACAUUGUGACAUACUGGAGCAAUUUCGAACAAAUGUACCGGAAGUCGUCAAAAGCUACAAACUUUAAGAUAAAACGAAUUUGAUGAACGAAAACUCUUAACUAUAUAUUGGUUUUUUAUACGCAACUCGAAUUGGAUAUUAAAGAAGAUGGGGGAAUAAGAUAGCGCAAAUGCCCAUUUAGUUUAGUCGUAAAAUACAAAUUUAAAUUCUAAUUUUCCCCCCAACUUAAUAUACUUGAUAAUGUUAUAAUACAAGUUUACAGAUUGGGAAGCACAAUUUAUAACUAUAUUUAGUUUUGAAUAUCUUUUAUUAUAAUAUAUAACAAACGAGAAGAAAAAAAUAAAUUCUAAAGUUUUGGUGGUAUCAAACCCACAACCAUAAAACCCGAGCCCUAUUAUGUUACCUUAUGUCUGUUGCUCUAACAACUGAGCCAUUUCAGUCACAACAAGCUAUAUACGACUUCAACUACGAAUGUAUGGACUUGUAUUAUUUUUCUAAAACGUUCAAUUGUUAGUAUGCAAUACGACA